CAGAUGGAAAUACGUCCAUCAGCCUCGGACCCGGAGGUUUUCUGGGAGCCGGAGCUCGGAGGAGCUGCGGCGGUGACUCCGGUGAGCCGGUAGGAGGAGACUGUGCUCUGUCUUCCGCGUUUCCCCCGCUUCUCCUCUCUGUCCUAAUUGCACCGCACUCCGGUACCUUUGUGCACGUUUCUGUGUCCUCGCCCUCUGUUUUUUCCCCCUCUAUCUGGCAAAAAACAAGGCGGUCGAACAACACUCGGCGUCUCCCUCCAACCUGUCCUAUUAACACAACAACAUCCGGGAGUAGUCCACCGCCUCAUCCAUGCAUUGUCGUCCCGGGCCCCAGCGCACCGGCUCCGGCUCUAGCCAUGUCGGCCAGGAAUGCAGCGGCUGGCGGCGGUGACAGAGUGGGAGGCGAACCGGCAGAGGAUGUGCUGGUUGAGGAAAAACAAAGCAGUUCUGUGUCACUGUCUAGCCUGAUGACCCCAUCCUCAGCUGUUGGUAUGUCCUUAAGCAUGGAGAUGCCCCGGAAGCGCAAGGGCAGCAUAGACAACCAGGAUUCAAAAUCUGUUUCAAUGCUUGACGCAGAUAUGGAAGAGGACCAGAACGGGUCUGAUGGAGACGACCAACAUGUCAAAAUUAAAUGCUUCAGGGAACCACAUAGCCAAAUUGAGAAGAGGAGACGGGACAAAAUGAACAAUCUCAUUGACAAGCUGUCAGCCAUGAUCCCAACCUGCAACCCCAUGUCUCGCAAGCUGGACAAACUCACCGUGCUCAGAAUGGCUGUGCAGCACCUGAAAUCCCUCAAAGGUUCGGGAAGCUCCUUCUCUGAAGCCAACUACAAACCGUCAUUCCUUCCUGAUGAGGAGCUUAAACAUCUUGUCCUUAAGGCUGCAGAUGGUUUCCUGUUUGUUGUGGGCUGCGAUCGUGGGAAAAUAGUUUUUGUUUCAGAGUCCGUCACGAAGAUAUUAAAUUACAGUCGGGCGGAGCUGAUCGGACAGAGCCUGUUUGAUUACAUACACCCUAAGGACAUGGGAAAAGUGAAGGAGCAGCUGUCGGCUUCUGAAUUAUACCCGCGUGAACGGCUAAUAGAUGCUAAAACUGGUCUGCAGGUCCAGGCUGACCUUCCAGUCGGUGCUGCACGGUUGUGUCCAGGCGCACGCCGCUCUUUUUUCUGCCGUAUGAAGUACAACAAAAUUUCUAUCAAAGUAGAAGAGAAGGAAUCCCAGGGAAACCCCUCUAAAAAGAAAGAGUCGCAGAAGUACUGCACAGUCCACUGUACAGGCUACAUGCGCAGCUGGCCAACUAGUCAGAUGGGAGCAGAGGGGGAGGGGGAAGGAGACAAGCAGGACAGCUCCCACUUCAGCUGCCUGGUGGCGGUGGGACGCAUCCACUCCCACUCGUCUCCCCAGGCUAAUGGAGAAGUCCGAGUUAAACCUACAGAGUUCAUCACACGCUAUGCCAUGGAUGGCAAGUUCACCUUUGUUGAUCAAAGAGCAACAACCAUUCUUGGCUAUCUUCCCCAAGAACUGCUUGGGACAUCAUGCUAUGAAUACUUCCAUCAAGACGACUUACCGCAUUUAGCUGAUAGACAUCGAAAAGUUCUCCGGAGUAAAGAGAAAAUAGAGACCAACUGCUACAAGUUCAAAACAAAAUAUGGCUCUUUUGUCACUCUGCAAAGUCAGUGGUUUAGUUUUGUAAAUCCCUGGACCAAAGAAGUAGAAUACAUCGUGUCAACUAACACAGUCAUAUCACAUGAUCACAGUCGAACAGGUCGGCCUGCGAAUAAGUCUGAACAGUCGAGCAACGCCAAGGCUUCUGAAGAUUGCAAGAAGUCUCUUCCAAUUAUACCUGGCAUCUCCACCGCAUCAGGAACUAUGAUUUAUGCUGGAAGCAUUGGUACCCAGAUCGCCAAUGAGCUGCUGGAUUUCAACAGAUUGAACUCAUCACCUUCCAGUGGAAACGUCAGCCCGUUUAGCCUACCACAGGAUAAGUCUCCACAAACUCACAAUCAACUCAGCAACAAUGUGCCAAAUGGAGAAACAUCUGAUAUGGAGAUUCCAGGAAAGUCCAGCUCAGAGGAUGAACCUCAAGGGGCUGCAUUCUCAGGAGGAGAAACGCUUAUGGGGGAGAAUUCCCAACUGGAUUUGGACAGUGUGGUUGGACCAGGCCUUAGUAGUCUUAGCAAUGAUGAAGCAGCCAUGGCAGUGAUCAUGAGUCUCCUGGAGACCGACACAAACUUAGGAGAGGCUGUGGACUUUGAAGAGAUGCACUGGUCCUUAUAGAAUCUGCAUUACAGUAUGACCAGCAGUAUGCUGAAAACACUUGGACUGUCAUUUUGAUGAUGGCAAAAACUGCUCAGUGUUUUCUCCAAGAAGAAGCAUCCUGUUGUUUUUUUUUUUGUUUUUUUUUUUUUUCUUAAAGUUAAUUUAUUAGUUUCCCUUUUCCACAUAAGCUGUGUAGUGUUUGGGUGGCUGCUCUAACAGGAGCAGGACUGACAACAAUAAGGCACACCUGAUUUCCUUCUUCCGAAAGAGGAUGUGCCUCUAAAGCCUUACAGCAGUCUGCCUGCCCUGAAACGCUGUUCCUCACUGCUUUCCUCAAAUCUACUGUCAGCCUCACAAAGUUCAAGACCUCAUGAACACAAAGUGACAGCGAUAUGACCUUCAUCAUGAUGGCUCGGGAACAAAGGUUGGGAGUGGUGAUGCAAAAAAGUUGCACUGAAUUGAUUUCAUGUUUUUAACAAGGUUGUGAUUUCCUUUGGUACUGUAUGUGUAAUUCUAAUGGGACGAAGACCCCCAGACAACCUGGCCCAUCUCUGAAACCGCUCAGGAUCCAAACCGUAGGUAUAUGGUGUACCACGGCAGACCACACUUCCAUAACCUCUGCUCUUUUGAGAGUCACCUAAACAUGUGGCACUCAGAGAUUUGCUCUUGACCUGUCAGUAUCUGAACAUUCUCCACAGAAACACUUUAGUAACCUCUUCUCUUGUACACUGACUUAAACAUACUGUAUCUGUGUGGAGUUGGUAUUAUUGCGAGCACCAUGUCUUCAGGCCACAUGUGUCUUAAACAGAUAGUUUGCUUCGGUAUCCCUGGAUUUUGUUCUAAGUUCAAAUAUUUAACAAUUCUUGGCUGAAAAAGUCCAUCUUCAUAAAUUGUUGGAGACCGUUUACUCCUAUGAUUUAGGAGCACUACAGUCUGACUUCAUGCAGUGCAAAAAGCACUUUAGAGGUGCUGAAAUGGAGGUUUUCCACAUCUGUGACAUUUUAUCAGUACAUGGUUGAGGCAGAUCUGAGUCUGAUGGUAGAAGCGAUAACUCAGGGAGUUAUCCAUUUUAAGGUUUUUCAUACUUCCCUACAUACUGUGCAUUGGUAUGUGGCGUAAUGAGUCUGUACAUGUUCACUUGUGCUUUUGUGUCCUUACUGUCAGCUUUAUAGUCAUGCAGGUAAGCCAUAGCUUUAGCUUUUUUUCAUGUGUUGUUAUGCAGCGACAUGUUCAUGUUUUAUGUGCUUGUAGGAGCACACAGCAUUGUCAUACAUACAUUUAUUAAGGGAUUGUGCUAUGCAGAACUAUCAUUCCAUAAAUUCUAAACUUAAAGGCAUCUUCCUUUAUUUUCUUUAUGUAAUAAUAACAUGCAUGACUCCUAAAAAUGUAAGAACUUUUGCUGACUUGUGAUAAUGACAUUUGGUGAGAACUUGAAUAAGUCACUGAGCAGUAUGGAUUUACCUCAUCUAGAGUUUUGUCUUGCCCAUGCUUGCUGUUGCACAUUUUAGCUUUUACUUUAAAAAGAACUACAUAAAACAACCAUUAAUAGCCAUUAUGUGAUCCACUGCUUAGAGUCAUGUGGGUUCAUUUUUAUUAUGAAAUUACCAAAGUAUAUCAAAGUAUUCUCACAGUGAAAUUUAAAAUAAAACUGCUAAAGCAGUUAUAGGUCUUGUUUAUGCCUAAUAUUAUAGAUAUCCUAUUUUUCCUCAUAGAUUCAGUUUUUAAAAAAAUAUUAUAUUGGCUGUUUUAUCAGAUGUAAGCACUUUGGUAUACUCUCCCUGUUUGAAGUUAUUGAAAAAAUGGAAUAUUUCUCAACAUGUACUGAAUACAAAAUAUAUUAGCUAUAAAUGAUUUAAGGAAAUUAGAUGAUAAACUACUGAAAUCCAGUGAAAUUAUCAUUUUGGCACAUGGCAUGAUUUUGAACUUCUUUUGUAUCCUGGUGACUGUAGUUACAUUUUCCUGUUUCAUUUUACGUGCUGUACACUGACUCUCAUAGGGAAUGCAAUGGAAGGCAAAAUUUGUAUGUUAACUGAUUUGUUUUCUUUCUUUUAUAAUAAUAACAUCAAGUUUUUUUCAGAAAGGCUGUGUACCUGUAUCUUAACCUCAGUGAUUAGUGUCUGAACCACUCUCACCUGAACAUUACAUGUAACAGUGUAGUUUUAAUGCCAUGACAUUGUUCAUAUUGGUAUCUUGGGCCACGAUUUAUAGUCGUUUCUUGAGGACUGUUCAGGAUUUUUCACUAAGGACUCUUGCUUCAAGAACAGAAAAGGUUGUGAAUUACGAAGAAUACUGUCUUUUCUCUGUAAUGCUUGAAUUAUGAGGAGCCAGUUGGAGCAACUGAACUCAAAAGGAACCUUCCUGCCUGUGUCCGAUGUGCCUUUGGACAUUCCUGCUCGGACACACAACGAACCUGUGUUGCUUUCGGAGAACGCCUCCCAAGUGGCACCUCUGCAGACUGAAAGGAGGGCUAAAAUCUGUAAUUGGAUUAACUUGACGCAACAUGACAUACUGUGCACAUCAUGAAUGAAGUGGAUUCUUGUUCUGAGAUAAAACGGGCUGUAUAUUUUGGCUUCAGCACUCACUACCUAACCAAACAAGCAGAACUGUGGAGUUGUGCCAUAGACACAGGCUGGUCCUUCAAAAGGCAAAAAGUCAGUUUUGUAUUACUUUUUUGUUCCCAUUCUUCUCAGUCAAUCAUUGCGCUGUUGUGGCAGUCAUUUCCCUAGAAAGCUAAAAUAUUACUCUCAUGUCAGCUUAUUUGGUGGUGACUGAGGGAUAAACCUUCUUAAGAGGUCAUAUAUUUUGCUUCUGUCUUCAUUUGAAAUUUAAAAAAGUAGUUUUUGUAAGCUAGGGAACAUAGUGUUUUGAUUUCAUGCCCUUUUUUUAUACGUAUAGUUGCAUGUUGUUUUGGUUUCGUUUGUUAGUAUUUUAAAAUUUGUUUCAUUAUUAGACAUGGGAAGUUAAGACUGGUGUUUGUGCAUGCACCAGCACAGCCAGCAGUCACUGCACCAGAGGAAGGACCUCAACUUUAGGGAUUACAGUUCAUAAGUAAAGUUUUCAGACAUUUUUUUUUUUUUUUUUUUAAAUGCUUUCCACAUUUUGUUAUAUUUCAGGCUCAUCUUAAGGUGGAGUCAAUUCUUUUUUCUUUUUUUUUCAUCAAUCUGCACACAAUGCUCCACAAUGACAAAGCAAAAACAGGUUUUGGAGUGUUUAUUUAUUAAAAAUAAAAAGACUGAAACAUCCCAUUUACAAAA